AUGCAGUGGCGGUUUGCAGGCUCGUUGCUUGCGUUCUUUGCGGCAACAGCAACAUGCUGGCCCUACGAGGAGUCCCUCGUGGAGUAUAACCUGAACGCAAACAAGGACACUACGGAUCCGGCGAAGUAUACUCACAUCGAAUGGCCUAACCACAAGUAUUAUCCCUCUCCUAAAAGCUGGCGUUUCCCCUUCUAUACGCUGUUCCUCGACCGAUUUGUGAACGGAGAUCCUACAAACGAUAACAUCAACCAAACUUUGUUUGAGCAUGACCUGGACUCCAAUCAGAUGCGCCAUGGAGGUGAUGCAGUUGGCUUGGUGGAUACCCUAGAUUACAUACAAGGAAUGGGUGUGAAGGGUAUCUAUCUCGCAGGAACAAUUCUGAUGAAUCAACCCUGGGGUUCGGACGGCUACUCAAUCCUCGAUACUACACUACUUGAUCAGCACUUCGGUACUAUCCAGACAUGGAGAGAUGUGAUCACAGAAAUUCAUAAGCGGGGAAUGUAUGUCCUGUUCGACAAUACUAUUGCAACCAUGGGCGAUUUGAUCGGUUUCAAAGGAUACCUGAACGAGACGACUCCGUUCUCCGUGAAAGAGCAUGAGGCACUCUGGAAAAGCGAGCGCCAGUAUGUCGACUUUCGAUUUAGUAACGAGUACAACGAAACCUGUGAUUACCCGCGGUUUUGGAACGAGACCGGAUUUCCAGUGGACCAAUCCGUUAGAGACGAAUUGGUUGGAUGCUACAACAGUGAUUUCGACCAAUAUGGAGACCGUGAGGCCUUUGGCGUCUAUCCCGACUGGGAACGUCAACUGGCCAAGUUCGCUUCCGUCCAGGACCGUUUGCGCGAAUGGAACCCCAGUGUCAGGGAGAGAAUCAUCCAACACUCCUGUAUGAUUAUCAAGGCUCUUGAUAUCGACGGAUUUCGGUACGAUAAAGCCACUCAGGCCACCGUGGAUGCCCUUGGAGAAAUUUCCUCUGCAUACAGGGAGUGUGCUCGAAGCGUUGGCAAGGACAAUUUCUUCCUCCCUGGAGAAAUUACUGGUGGAAACAACUUCGGGGCUAUCUAUCUGGGACGCGGAAGGCAACCGGACCAGUAUCCCGAUUCAGCCAUGGAUUCAAUGGCAAUGACGAACAAGUCUAAGCAGCAGUAUUUCUUGCGCGAGGAUGGUCUGCAGGCUCUUGAUUCUGGUGCCUUCCAUUACUCGGUAUACCGUACUCUUACUCGGUUCCUUGGCCUGGACGGUAAUCUGGCUGCAGGUUACGAUACACCAUUGGACUGGACUGACGCUUGGAACGUGAUGGUCAUGACGAACGAUAUGAUUAACGCCAACACGGGAAAAUUUGACCCUCGCCAUAUGUAUGGCGCCACGAAUCAGGAUGUCUUCCGUUGGCCUGCCAUUGAAUUUGGCAUCGAGAGACAGCUCCUAGCACACUUUAUCACCACCCUCCAUCUCCCGGGUAUCCCGAUCCUACUGUGGGGAGAGGAACAAGCCUUCUAUAUCUUGGACGCCACCGCCUCGAACUAUGUCUAUGGUCGUCAAGCAAUGUCUCCUGCUACGGCGUGGAAAACGCAUGGCUGCUUUCAGCUAAAUGCGUCGCAGUAUCACGAUUGGCCCAUCACUGCUGGACGUCAAGGCUGUCACGAUGAAGCAGUCACCUAUGACCAUCGUGAUCCCUCCCAUCCCCUGCGGAACAUUAUCAAACAUAUGUUCCAGAUGCGGGAGGACUAUCCGGUGUUGAAUGAUGGGUAUUCCGUUGUGAAACUCUCGAAACAGACACGCGAUGUCUACUACCCUGCUUCGAACGGCACUGCGACAGAGACGGGGAUGUGGUCGAUAUUGCGUGACACAGUCUCGUCCAUUCAAGAUUUAGGGUCGGGUGAUAACCAGCCAGUGUGGCUGGUAUACCAGAACGACAACAAGACCGUGGAGUACAAAUUUGACUGCAAGAGCAACGACUCGGCUCUGAUUUCUCCGUUCACAACUGGAACGACUGUUGUCAACCUGUUCUAUCCCCAUGACGAACAUGAACUCAUCGAUGGGCCGAAGACAUUGCAUUUGAAUGGUUCGAAUGCUACCAAUGGCUGUCUGGAGAGCAUGACGUUCAACCCCUAUGAAUUCAAAGCAUACGUACCCAAGAGAGUCUUUGUUGGACCUCGACCCAUGAUCACCCAAUUCGAACCUGGUCACGAUGUACCUCAGCUUUCCAAAGUGGGCCCCAAUGACUCAGAAGAUAUCGAUGUGAGCCUCUACUUCUCGACUAAGAUGGACUGUGACGGCGUCACCAAAUCGAUCUCCUUCACAUCGACCACUGAAUCUGGCAAGACACCAUCCAUCAGCAAAGGCAGUGUGAGCUGCAGUGAUGUUAACCCAUCUGAGACGCGAUGGACGGGCCAGCUUCCGAACGCCUGGGUCUGGAAAGCCAAGUUGACGGGAGUCUACAAUGGUGUCCAUCGGCUUACGGUCAAGAAUGCGACAAGUUCCGAUAGAGGCAAAUCUACGCAAGCCACUGACCACUUUUUGAUUCGAAUUGGUCAAGCGGACAACCCGCUGGUGUUCAAUCGUGCGAACUAUUCCACCUCCCUCCUGCACCAGGACGACAAUGGCAAGCUUUACAUCCAACACAAGGCUGCAGGGGCAGACAAAUACCGUUAUUCAACCAACUGGGGAUCGUCGUAUUCUGAUUGGAUGGAUUACAAAGGUGGAAAUGACACCAUUGAAGAAUUGCCUUGGUCUGGAACGAACAAGCAGAGGUGGCAAGGGAAGCAUGUGCGCGUUGAAUACUGGAGUAAGUUGACUGGAAGCAGCGACUAUGUCCAAGAGGGUGAUUACGACUGGAAUGGUCGACGUCGGUUUCCUCAUCUCUUCUUCAACGGCCCAUUUAACCAAUACGGAUUUGACGCUGGAUUGAACAACGUCAUGGAGCAGGAUAGCGAUGGACUCUGGACCUUCCGAUUUUUGUCAGAUUUCCCGGCCCAGGGACAGUUCAAUGUCUGGGGUAUGAAUCCUGAUGGCCAACCUGAUCAGUCCUUUGUCUACGGGGAUGUGGACGGCGAUGGUGUGCUUGACCGAAUGCCGCCUUCUUCUCUCAGUGGAACCGUCAUGAAUAUCACUGAUCUGCCUCCUUCACCAUAUGUGGCAUGGAAUCUGCGAGUUGAUGAUGGUACCCUGAAAGUGCAUCUCCAACCGACGGGAUCGAGGGCUAUUCAGCUCGCAGUGUACAUUCUUCUCUGGGUUGUGCCAAUCGUCACGGGUAUUGCAUGCGUUUAUGCAUUCAUGAAGUCUUUCUAUCAGGUCAAAUUCAAUCAGGUUGGCGUCAGUGAAAGGAAGUCCAUCUUACCGCUGGCAUUCCGAAGGAAGUCCAACCAGGGCGGAGAAGGGGAGAAGAUCAACCCAUUUAUGCGCCUCGCGAACAAGUCCGGUUUUCUACAGAGCACGCCCGCGUUUGGAACAGGAGCAUCGCGCAGACGGACGAUUCUCAUCGCCACCAUGGAAUACGAUAUCGAAGAUUGGGCCAUCAAGAUUAAAAUAGGUGGCCUGGGCGUCAUGGCUCAGUUGAUGGGCAAACACCUUGGGCAUCAGAACUUGAUCUGGGUGGUCCCGUGCUGUGGAGGCAUCGAAUACCCUGUUGACCAGCCAGCUGACUCAAUGUUCGUGACGGUCCUUGGGAACCCCUACGAAGUGAAGGUCCAGUACCAUGUCUUGAAGAACAUUACAUAUGUUCUUUUGGAUGCACCGGUUUUCCGUCAACAGUCAAGCGCUGAGCCAUACCCUGCCCGCAUGGACGACCUGGAUAGCGCAAUCUACUAUUCUGCAUGGAACCAGUGCAUCGCGCAAGCUAUCCGGAGAUUCUCGAUCGAUCUCUACCACAUUAAUGACUAUCAUGGGUCCAUCGCUCCUCUUUAUCUUCUUCCGCAAACCGUCCCUGUGUGCCUGUCGCUCCACAACGCCGAAUUCCAAGGUUUGUGGCCCAUGCGGACACAGAAGGAGAGAGAUGAAGUCUGUUCUGUUUUCAACCUUGACCGCGACACUGCCAGACGUUAUGUCCAGUUUGGUGAAGUCUUCAACAUGCUCCACGCUGGUGCUAGCUACCUUCGUCUACACCAGCAGGGGUUCGGUGCUGUCGGUGUCUCCAGAAAGUAUGGCAAGCGCUCGUAUGCCCGCUACCCCAUCUUCUGGGGUCUGAAGAAAGUUGGCAAUUUACCAAACCCUGACCCCUCCGACACCGGCGAGUGGAAUAAGCAGUUACCGAAAGAUAGCGAGAUCACGGUUGAUGCAAACUACGAGGCCAGCAGAGGAGAACUCAGGCGUCAAGCGCAGGAAUGGGCCGGACUCGAGCAGAACCCCAAUGCUGACCUUUUGGUUUUUGUCGGAAGAUGGUCUAUGCAGAAGGGCAUUGACCUAAUUGCUGAUGUGAUGCCUGCUGUUCUCGAAUCUAACCCCAACGUCCAGCUCAUCUGUGUUGGCCCCGUCAUUGACCUCUAUGGAAAGUUUGCCGCACUCAAACUUGACCGUAUGAUGAAGCUCUACCCCGGACGUGUGUUUUCAAGACCUGAAUUCACGGCCCUCCCACCCUAUAUCUUCUCUGGCGCUGAGUUCGCGUUGAUUCCGUCUCGUGAUGAGCCCUUCGGCCUCGUCGCUGUUGAAUUUGGUCGAAAGGGAGCACUUGGUAUCGGUGCGCGUGUGGGUGGUCUUGGACAAAUGCCUGGUUGGUGGUACAACAUCGAAUCGACCACUACCUCCCAUCUCUUGCAGCAAUUCAAACUCGCCAUUGGCAGUGCACUCAGCUCCAAGCCGCAUGUCCGUGCGAAAAUGCGUGCCCGAUCCGCCAAGCAGCGUUUUCCUGUAGCCCAGUGGGUUGAGGACUUGGAGAUUUUGCAAUCCACUGCCGUUCGUAUUCACAGCAAGGCAAUCGCCAAGUCUCAAGGUCAGAGCACGACGCCUUCCGGGUACAAUACACCAAGUGGAAUGAUGACUCCUAGUGGUAUGAUGACGCCUCCCAUUGCCUCAGGGACCAUGACUCCCACUGGAGUGCAGACACCUCCCCCUGCACACUCGAGGGAGGGAAGUUACUCCAACAUCAACCGAUUGAGCGCAUACGGACCGCAACAACGAAACACCAUUGUGUACAGUCGUGACCCAAGUCCUGGUGGCAAUGAGAAGCCCAGGUCUGGCCUCAGCCGACAUCUUUCCCUUGGUGUUCGGGCCGGUCCGGGUCAUCUCGUGCGUCGAGGUCGUCGCCGCCUGAGGCGAAGCUAUAUUGGUAACGAGGAGAGUGCCACAAACUCUAUGACCGAGGAGAGCAGUGAUGACGAUGUGAUCCCCAGUUAUUAUGGAGAUGAGGAGUACACUCUCACUCCUGAGCAGAUCGAAGAGGGCCGUCGAGCUGCCGCACACCAACGUGAUUCGCAAGGUCAAUCUCCCGCGCGAGAUUUUUUUAGCCGGAGGCACUCCAGUCAGGCUUCCCUUCAGCGAGCUAUUGGAUCUCCGAACACGUCGGACGUAGAAGAUGGAGUGCCACAGUCGACUAGACCUGUGUAUAAUCAUGCACAGCCUGGGAACCGACUCAGCUGCUCCUCGGCUCUUUCAGUCGAUUCCAUCAUUGGUGAAAAGAAAGAUUACAAGCUUCAAAAGGUUGAUCCUUUCUUCACUGAUAGCAAUGGCGAGUACUACAGAGUGUUCGAGAAGAAACUCGAAGCACUGAAUGGUUCGAACUCAGAGUCCCAGCUUUGCAUCGAGGAAUAUCUUGUCAAGAGCGAGAAGAAAUGGUUUGACAAGUUCCGUGACGCACGCCUGGGUCGCAACCAGUCCCCUGCCUCUUCAAUUUUCCAGACCAAGCUUGAGAACACAUCGCCAUCUGGCUCUAUAUCCAACGAGGACUCUAGGUCUCGUGAAUCUGGAAGUGAUGCGAAGGGCGGAAACGACGAGUUCCAACUUGGACAUGACUAUGUCCCUCCCUCUGGGCCAAGGAAAUGGAUGCAAGUCCGCAUUGGCGGGUGGCCCAUCUAUUCGCUAUUUCUCGGUCUGGGGCAGAUUAUCGCAGCAAAUUCAUACCAGAUCACUCUGCUUACGGGAGAAGUGGGACAAACACCUGAGAAGCUCUACGGAAUUGCGACAACUUACUUGAUCACCUCGAUCAUCUGGUGGUUCCUUUUCCGCUUCUGCAAGUCUGUGAUCGUCUUAUCUCUUCCUUGGUUUUUGUACGGCCUGUCAUUCCUCAUCAUCGGUGUCGCCCAUUUCGAAACCAAUAUCUUCGCCAGAGGGUGGAUACAGAACGUCGGGGCUGGAGUGUACGCUGCUGCAUCCUCCAGCGGUGCACUUUUCUUCGCCCUCAAUUUCGGUGAUGAGAAUGGCGUCCAGGUAAAGGAGUGGGUGUUCCGCGCGUGCAUCAUCCAGGGCACGCAACAGGCCUAUAUCAUCGGAUUGUGGUAUUGGGGAACCACCAUAUCGCAAGCGAUUACCAACGGGGUCACCAAUGUUCAGAGCAAUAUUACAGAGACUUGGAGAAUGACUGCUAUCUGCUUGCCAAUCGCUGCCUUUCUCUGGGCUAUUGGCUUGCUCGUCUUCUUUGGGCUACCGAGCUACUACCGCCAGGCGCCUGGAAAGGUCCCGUCCUUCUACAAGUCCGUCUUCCGGCGCAAGAUUGUGAUCUGGAACUUUAUUGUCGUCAUUCUACAGAACUUCUUCCUGAGUGCGCCCUAUGGACGCAAUUGGGCUUUCCUCUGGAGCUCCAACCAUGCUAAGGACUGGGAAGUUGGAAUUUUGGUUAUUGUCUUUUUCGGCAUCGUCUGGGCAGGGAUUCUGUUCCUAUUUGCCCGCCUGUCCAACCGCCACAGCUGGAUCCUUCCUGUAUUCGCAUGCGGACUGGGAGCUCCUCGCUGGGCGCAGAUCUGGUGGGGUGUCUCAGGGAUGGGUCUCUUCCUACCAUGGGCUGGCGGACCUACAGCUGGCGCCCUCGCUUCUCGAAGCCUGUGGCUGUGGCUUGGUAUAAUGGACGCUCUUCAAGGCCUCGGGUUCGGCAUGAUUCUGCUCCAGACGUUGACUCGGAUGCAUAUUUGCUUCACACUACUUGCAUCGCAGGUUCUGGGAUCAAUUGCUACGAUUUGUGCGCGGGCAUUCGGUCCCAACAAUAUCGGUCCUGGCCCCAUCUCUCCCGAUGUUACAGACGGGCCCCGUGCGGUUGCCAAUGCAUGGUUCUGGAUUGCUCUCUUCUUCCAGCUGUUGAUCUGUGCUGGAUUCUUACUGUUCUUCCGGAAGGAACAGCUCACCAAGCCCUAA